GUGAAACGCUAGAAACAUGCACCAGUUCAGGGUGGUGCUACUAGCGGUGGUGGCGAUAGCCACGUCGCCGCAUGCUGAGGGACAAUUACUAACAGGAACAGGAACAAGUUCAGGAACAAAAGACUGCGGUCAGGCCGACGUCGUAUUCGUGCUAGACGCAUCAGGAAGCGUCGGCGAACCAAACUUCAAAAAGACCCUUGAUUUCGUCAAACAGAUCGUCAAUGAAUUCCAAAUUGCCUCGGACAAGGUCCAGGUGGGGGUGACCACUUUCGCUUCUCGAGUGUCACACCAAUUCCACCUGAACAAAUACAGCUCCAAGGCCGAUGUUGUGGCCGCCAUUGACAAAAUCCCCUACACUCGGGGCGGGACAUACACGGCGGCUGCCAUCGAGUACGCCCGCCAGGACAUGUUCUCGCCGGGUAACGGCAAUAGAGCAGGUGCUCCGGACAUCAUGAUCGUCAUAACGGACGGUGUUUCCAACAACGCCGCCGCCGUUCAGAAAGAGGCUGAUGACGCUCGUAGUGUCGGAAUCAAGAUCUUUGCCAUUGGUGUGGGAUCGAAUGUGAACCAGCAGGAACUGCAGAGCAUUGCCAACGACCCAGAUAGUCAGUACUUGUUCAACGUGGGGAACUUUGAUGCCCUUCAGAACAUCAAAGUGCAGCUGGCUUCCAAGGCUUGCAAUGAUGCUGCGGCCGCUACUACCGGUGGUGUGGCCACCUUCCCUCCUGACACCUGCAAGGACAACGUGGACUGUCCGACCUACGGCAAGGACGUUUGUAAAAAUUUCGAGAAGUGGUCCAAGAAUAACUGCCGACUGUAUUGCGGGCAUUGUACACCAUUGUACAAGGCGACGGCGGCUCCAUGUGUUGAUAAACUGACCAACUGUAACUCUUUCGCAUACGAUACAUGCACCAAGUAUGUAGACUGGUCCAAGGACAAGUGCGCUAAAUACUGCGGUUAUUGUGGUAACGGAGGCACUGGAGUUGGAUACCACGGCAGCUGUUUCUACAAGGGCUACGAAUACAAACAGGGCGAGAAGUGGGACGACGGGUGUGACUAUGAAUGUACUUGUGAGGACGCCUCCAAGGGACUGUACAAAUGCUAUAACAAAUGUCCUAUCUACUACAACCUCCCCGCCCAGUGCACCCUGGUUCGCGCCAGCGGAGAAUGUUGCUUGAAGCCAGUGUGUAACUGGGCCGCAGGCUCCACCAGCUUCAACGGGCAGGGCAGCGGCGUGGACAGCAACGGAGUCCGCGUGUGUGUGUACAAGAACAAGAACUACUACCACGGGCAGGCCUGGAAGGACGGCUGUGACUACGAGUGUGGCUGUGUUGACGCCAACACUGGACUGUACAUUUGCCAAAAUCUUGGAGGUAACACAGGGCAAACAGGGGGCGUGGUCACCAACAGACCUACCCAGCCACCCAUACAGGGAGAAUACUGUGUGUAUAAAAAUGGCUACUACACCACGGGACAACAGUGGUAUGAUGGCUGCCAGUACUUGUGUGUCUGUGAAGAUGGUUCCCGAGGAUUCUACAGAUGCAGCAAUAGGUGCCCCACCUACAGAGACUACCCCAGUGCCUGUACCCUGGUGGCUGACCCCAGGGACCCUGCCUGCUGCCAGAAACCACAGUGUAACUUCCAACCCACUUAUGGACAGAUAACUGGCACCGGUGGCACUAAUGUUCCAGGAGUUGUCAUUCCUGGAAGUCAGACUGGAGGAACAUCUGUGGUCAUCCCAACUGCUGUUCCUGGAAUAAUCACAGGAACUGGGAACCCAGUCGUCCCUGGAGGACCCACACCUGCACCAGGGUCCAGACCUAACUACUGCAUCUACAAGGGAAGACAAUAUAGCAAAGGGGCAAAAUGGCAAGAUGGCUGCGACUACAGCUGUGAAUGCUUGGAUGACACAACUGGGAACUAUAGGUGCACAGACAGGUGCCCAACAUUCCAAGCACUACCAGCUCAGUGUCGCCUGAUCCCUGAUCCCAACGAUGCUUGCUGUCAGAAACCAAAGUGUGACUUUACUGGCACCACGGGUGUCAACACUGGCCAAGGCACCAUUACAGGCACCAACCCAGGCACCAUCACUGGCACCAACCCUGGCACCAUCACCGGCACCAACCCUGGCACCAUCACUGGCACCAAUCCAGGCACCAUCACUGGCACCAAUCCAGGGACCAUCACCGGCACCAAUCCAGGCACCAUUACAGGGACCAAUCCAGGCACCAUCACAGGCACCAAUCCAGGCACCAAUCCAGGAGGUAUCACAGGUGGUGGUACUAAUCCAGUUGUGAAUCCCAACCCAUCCCAACAAGUGUACUAUUGCGUGUAUAACAAUGCUCGUUACACCCAGAACCAGAGAUGGACUGAUGGUUGUGAUAAGAACUGCCGCUGUGAAGACGCCAUUAGAGGCUAUUGGGUCUGUGACGAAAGAUGCCCCAAAUACCCAAAUGUCCCCAGCUACUGUACCAUGGUUACGGACCCCCAGGAUUCUUGUUGUAUGAUCCCACAAUGCAACUUCCCAGGAACCACUGGAACCAUCACAGGAACAGGGACAGGCCAGCCGAUUGUGCCAACUGCCAUUCCUGGCGUAAUUACUGGAAUUGGACGUCCAAACCCAACACCAAACCCCAAUCCUAAUCCAAAUCCAAACCCCAAUCCAAAUGCCACACCAAAUCCCAAUGCUACACCAAACCCCAAUCCAAACCCCAAUGCUACACCAAACCCCAAUCCAAACCCCAAUCCAAAUGCCACACCAAACCCCAAUCCAAAUCCCAAUCCUAAUCCUAAUCCUAAUGUUACACCAAACCCCAAUCCAGUUAUUCCAGUAAGAGAAGAGGUUUGCCUGUACAAUGGACAGAAAUACAAGACGGGAGAGAAAUGGGAAGAUGGCUGUGAUUUCAAUUGUAUCUGUGAGGAUGAAAAGACAGGAAAGUACAAGUGCACGGAAAGAUGUGCUCGUUACGUCAACCUGCCGAGCUACUGUACCCUCCAGGCCGACCCAGCUGACCCUUGCUGCUCAAAGCCAAAAUGCACCGUCCCCGCUGUUACCAACCCUCCGAUCUCUGGGCAGGGAAGUACCACACCCAAGCCACGCCCUACCUUCCCAACUAGGAAUUACUGUGUGAUGAAUGGCCGUCAGUACUCACAGGGACAGAGAUGGACCAACAACUGCCAAGAUUGUGUGUGUGAGAAUGACAUGACUGGCUUCUACAGGUGUUCUGACAGAUGCCCAACAUAUUCCAGUCUUCCAUCUUACUGCAAACUUGUCAAUGAUCCUCUGGAUGUUUGCUGCAAGAAACCACAGUGCUCCUUCCCAACCAUUGAGGGAACAACAAUAGCACCCAACCCCAAUCCUAAUCCUAAUCCAAAUGUUACUCCCAAUCCCAACCCUAACCCCAAUCCUAAUGUUACUCCUAAUCCCAACCCUAACCCCAAUCCAAAUGUCACUCCUAAUCCAAAUCCAGUCAUCACACCCAUUGGUCCAGGAACUAUCACUGGCAUUGGGAAACCAGUCACAGGGAGAAAUCUGUGUGAAUACAAAGGCCGCACAUACACUCAAGGUCAAAGAUGGCAGGAUGGCUGUGAUUACACUUGCAUUUGCGUAGAUGGCACCACUGGCAACUACCAGUGCACAGAAAUUUGCCCAUCCUAUCCUGCCUUGCCUCAGGGCUGUGUUUGGGUGAGAGAUGAGAACAACGCCUGCUGUAGAAAGCCUCUGUGUGGAAUCACUAACCCAGUAACUGGACAGAACACCCGCCCAGUGACUCAGGGCACCACUAUCAAUCCUAACCCCAACCCCAGCGUCGUAACUGUGUCUAUAAGGGCAAAGUUUACCAACAUGGCGAGCAGUGGCAAGAUGGCUGUGCUGUAGAUUGUGUUUGCUACGAUGGUUACCAAGGAUUGUACAGGUGCAGUGAUAGGUGUCCGCAGUACCCCAACUUGCCAUCUACUUGCACUUUGGUGACAGAUCCAAAUGAUCGUUGCUGCAAGAUUCCCUCCUGUACAAAUCCAGUCACUCCAAACCCGGGCCAGACACCUUUCCCAGGUGUGGUGACACAGAAGCCAGUUGUGGUGACAUUUAGACCAAAUCCGGAUGGUAACGUCACCCCAAGACCAAAUCCAGGUGGUAAUGGCACUCCGGGACCAAAUCCAGGCACUCCGGGACCAAAUCCAGGCGCUGUUACCACUAACCCAGUCAGCAGAAAUUACUGUGUGUACAAUGGAGUGACAUAUAGACAGGGUGCCACUUGGCAAGAUGGCUGCACAUACAACUGUGUGUGUGUGGAUGAGGUAACAGGACAGUACAGAUGCACAGAGAGAUGCCCUCGCUACGCUCAACUGCCAAGCAAUUGCUACUUGGCACAGGAUCCAAAUGAUCCUUGUUGUCAGAAACCUGUCUGUACAAAUCCAAAUCCAGUCACUCAAAAGCCUAAUCCGAACCCACAGACCCCCAAACCAGGCCAGACACCUUACCCAGGUGUUGUGACUCAGAAGCCAGGUGUGGUGACAUUUAGACCAGGUGGUAACGUCACCCCAAGACCAAAUCCAGGAACUGUUACCACUAACCCAGUCAACAGAAAUUACUGUGUGUACAAUGGAGUGACAUAUAGACAGGGUGCCACUUGGCAAGAUGGCUGCACAUACAACUGUGUGUGUGUGGAUGAGGUAACAGGACAGUACAGAUGCACAGAGAGAUGCCCUCGCUACGCUCAGCUGCCCAGCAAUUGCUACUUGGCACAGGAUCCGAGCGAUCCAUGCUGUCAGAAACCUGUCUGUACAAAUCCAAAUCCAGCCACUCAAAAGCCUAAUCCGAACCCACAGACCCCCAAACCAGGCCAGACACCUUACCCAGGUGUUGUGACUCAGAAGCCAGGUGUGGUGACAUUUAGACCAGGUGGUAAUGUCACCCCAAGACCAAAUCCAGGAACUGUUACCACUAACCCAGUCAACAGAAAUUACUGUGUGUACAAUGGAGUGACAUAUAGACAGGGUGCCACUUGGCAAGAUGGCUGCACAUACAACUGUGUGUGUGUGGAUGAGGUAACAGGACAGUACAGAUGCACAGAAAGAUGCCCUCGCUACGCUCAACUGCCAAACAAUUGCUACUUGGCACAGGAUCCAAGUGAUCCAUGUUGUCAGAAACCUGUCUGUACAAAUCCAAAUCCAGCCACUCAAAACCCAAAUCCAGUCACUCAAAACCCAAAUCCAGUCACUCAAAAGCCUAAUCCGAACCCACAGACCCCCAAACCAGGCCAGACACCUUACCCAGGUGUUGUAACUCAGAGGCCCGGUGUGGUGACAUUUAGACCAGGUGGUAACGUCACCCCAAGACCAGAUCCAGGAACUGUUACCACUAACCCAGUCAACAGAAAUUACUGUGUGUACAAUGGAGUGACAUAUAGACAGGGUGCCACUUGGCAAGAUGGCUGCACAUACAACUGUGUGUGUGUGGAUGAGGUAACAGGACAGUACAGAUGCACAGAGAGAUGCCCUCGCUAUGCUCAACUGCCAAGCAAUUGCUACUUGGCACAGGAUCCAAAUGAUCCAUGCUGUCAGAAACCUGUCUGUACAAAUCCAAAUCCAGCCACUCAAAACCCAAAUCCAGUCACUCAAAAGCCUAAUCCAAACCCACAGACCCCCAAACCAGGCCAGACACCUUACCCAGGUGUUGUGACUCAGAAGCCAGGUGUGGUGACAUUUAGACCAGGUGGUAACGUCACCCCAAGACCAAAUCCAGGAACUGUUACCACUAACCCAGUCAACAGAAAUUACUGUGUGUACAAUGGUGUGACAUAUAGACAGGGUGCCACUUGGCAAGAUGGCUGCACAUACAACUGUGUGUGUGUGGAUGAGGUAACAGGACAGUACAGAUGCACAGAGAGAUGCCCUCGCUACGCUCAACUGCCGAGCAAUUGCUACUUCGCACAAGAUCCAAACGAUCCAUGUUGUCAGAAACCUGUCUGUACAAAUCCAAAUCCUGCCACUCAAAAGCCUAAUCCUAACCCACAGACCCCCAAACCAGGCCAGACACCUUACCCAGGUGUUGUGACUCAGAAGCCAGGUGUGGUGACAUUUAGACCAGGUGGUAACGUCACCCCAAAACCAAAUCCAGGAACUGUUACCACUAACCCAGUCAACAGAAAUUACUGUGUGUACAAUGGAGUGACAUAUAGACAGGGUGCCACUUGGCAAGAUGGCUGCACAUACAACUGUGUGUGUGUGGAUGAGGUAACAGGACAGUACAGAUGUACAGAGAGGUGUCCCAAAUACACCAAUAUCCCAUCUUACUGCCGUAUGGUACAAGAUCCCGCAGAUGCCUGCUGUACCAAGCCUGAGUGCACCCAAAUUUCCACCCCAGGACCUGGCGUUGUAGCAUCUACAGCUCCACCUGUUGUCGGCAACAGAAAUUACUGUGUGUAUAAUGGCAGACAGUAUGCGCAGGGAGCCACAUGGCAAGAUGGCUGCCAGUACAACUGUGUGUGCGAAGAUGCUGUCAGAGGGCUCCACAAGUGUACGGAAAGGUGCCCUAAAUACGACCUGUCAUCAUUGCCCAGCACCAUGCAGUGUGUGAUGGUCCAAGACACUGCAGACCCCUGUUGUCAGAAGCCUUCAUGUACUCUGAGACCACAGCCAGGAACCCUUGGUCCUGUCCAACCCACACAGCCUGUGGGCAUUACUCCAACCAGUGGUGUUAUCACAGGAACCACAAAUUACUGUGUGUACAAAGGAGGCCAGUACAGACAAGGACAGAAAUGGGAGGAUGGCUGUGACUACGUCUGUGAAUGUUUGGAUGAACAGACUGGCAGAUACAAGUGCACUGAGAGAUGCCUGAAAUAUACGGGUCUGACCAGUAACUGUCGUCUGGCAGUGGACCCCAAGGACUCCUGCUGCCAGAAGCCAUAUUGUGACUUCACAUCGCAGACCAAUGUCAUCACAGGCACAGGACCUACCACUGUCAAUCCCUAUGAAAGCAGGGUUUGUGUGUACAACGGAGUGGCUUAUCUUGGAGGUCAAAGGUGGACGGUGCCAGGGUGCCAGUACCAAUACUGUGAAUGCACAGAUGCCAACCAGGGACUGUACACAUGUUAUGACAGAUGCCUGAAAUACCAGUCACUGCCAGCAGGCUGUGUGAUGAGAACGGACCCAGCAGACUCCUGUUGUCAGAAACCAGACUGCACCUUUACUGGGGUAACAAACCAGAUCAUUGGGGCGGGGACCACACCCAACCCUGUGGUCAUCCCGGGCACCAACCCAGGGGGGAUCAGUGGAACUGGAGAAUUCUGCGUCUACAAGAACAAUCAGUAUGCCAAAGGUGCCAGAUGGAGUGAUGGAUGUGACUACAACUGUGAAUGUCUGCCAGGCAGGACAUACAGAUGCACCGAGAGAUGUCCCAAAUACCAGAACCUCCCUAGUUACUGCCAAUUGGUUCAGAACACAGAGGGUGACACCUGCUGCAAGAAGCCCCAGUGCACCAUCCCCAGCACCAACAAUGUCAUCACUGGCACUGGAGUGAUUCCAGGAGGAGUGACUGGAACCAGACAGGGAUGCAUGUGGAACAACCAGAUCUACGUGCAAGGCCAGAGGUGGCAAGAUGGCUGCCAGUACAACUGCGUCUGCGAGGAUGGAAGAACAGGGUUUUACAGAUGCACAGAAAGAUGCCCAACCUACCGAAAUCUCCCAGCAAGCUGCCAACUUGUGCAAAGUCAGACGGAUUACUGCUGUCAAGAACCAAGGUGCACCUUCACACCUGUCACUGGAGGUGGGUUCACUGGCUCUGGCACCCCACCACCUGUUGUGAAUCCUGGCACUGUUUCACCAGUCACUAACAAACCAGUCAUUGGACAACCCAGAGUAUGUGUAUACAAUGGAGUUCAGUACACUGAAGGUCAGAGAUGGCAAGAUGGCUGCAAGUACAACUGCAUAUGUGUAGAUGGCGUUACUGGGCAAUACAGAUGUGAUCAGAGGUGUCCAACCUACCAAUAUGACACCAAGAAUUGCGUCAUGCAACAGGAUCCUGUUGAUAGCUGCUGCCAGAAACCAGUCUGUAACUUCCCCAGUGUAACUGGGAAUGUGAUAAAUGGUGGUCGCACCACACCGUCUUCUGGCGGUAACAUCACUCCCAAACCUGGCCCUGGAGGUAUCUCUGGCUCUACGGAUGUGUGCGUGUACACGGAUGGUAAGACCUACAGGCAGGGACAGAGAUGGGAAGAUGGCUGCAAGUAUUUGUGCCAGUGUGUUGAUGCAGUGACUGGAAGAUACCAAUGUAAUGAAAGAUGUGCCAAGUAUACCAACCUCCCGAGCUACUGCACAAUGAUACCAGACCCAAGAGAUGCUUGCUGUCAGACUCCGUCCUGCAAUUUCCCAACCGUCACAGAGGCACCAAAUCCUGGAAACACGGUAGCACCUAAUCCUGGUAACACAGUAGCACCUAAUCCUGGCAACACGGUAGCACCAAAUCCUGGCAACACGGUAGCACCAAAUCCUGGUAACACGGUAGCACCUAAUCCUGGUAACACAGUAGCACCAAAUCCUGGUAACACUGUUGCUCCAAAUCCUGGACAGAAUAGGAAGUACUGUGUAUAUAACAACCGCCAGUAUGCGAAAGGACAGACUUGGCAAGUUGGAUGCCAGUAUGAGUGUGUGUGCGAGGAUGAUACAACUGGUUUCUACAACUGCAAUGAUUUAUGCCCAACAUAUACCAACCUUCCAAAGGAGUGCACGCUGGUCCAGGACCCCGUGAAGUACUGUUGUAAGACCCCACGCUGUGAUUACUCUGGUGUCACUUCAGGGACAACAGGUGGCGGCGCUGUGCCAAUCGUUCCAACGGGUAUCCCAGGAGUCAUCACAGGAACCGGAAAUACUGCCACGGGAACUUCUCCAAACCAGCCAAGAUAUUGUGUGUACAAGGGCCGAUAUUACACCCAGGGUGCCAGGUUCGCUGAUGGCUGUGACUACAACUGUGUUUGCGAUGAUGUAAACACUGGGCACUAUACCUGUACUGAUAGAUGUCCCAAGUAUCCAAACCUACCAAGCUACUGUAGAAUGCAGCAAGAUCCAAAUGACUACUGCUGCCAGAAACCGGUUUGCACUCCCAACCCCAAUCCAAACCCCAACCCCAACCCCAAUGUUACACCACAUCCUGACCCUAACCCUGUGGUACCAGGAUUCUCAACAGUGCAGCCCAAUCCUGUCUUCACAUUCAGACCACAGCCAACUCUGCCACCAACCCAGCAAAAUGUCUGCACAUACAAAAACAUCAGAUACGUCCAGGGACAGACCUGGACAGACGGAUGUGACAGGACUUGUGUCUGUGAAGACGGAAAAACUGGAUUCUACCGCUGUACUGAUAGGUGUCGCACCUACCAGAACGUUCCAGCAAACUGCCAGAUGGUGGCUGAUCCACAGGACCCACAGUGCUGCAAGAUUCCACAGUGUCCAAACACAAACCCCAACACUGGGAACCCAGAUCCAGCUGGUGGCAGUUCUGUGAUCAACCCCUUGCAACCAGGCGUGAUUACUGGCAGCGGCACUCCGCCUCCACAGAUUGCACCAACUCCAGCACCAGGAGUCACUGGAAGACCCAGAACUUACUGCUUCUACAAGGGACAGACGUACAGCACUGGAGACAAGUGGCAAGAUGGCUGCACGUACAACUGUGAAUGCAUCAAUGACCAGACCGGAUUGUACAGAUGCAAGGACAGGUGCAACUCUUAUCCCAAUCUACCAUCAGCAUGCAGGAUGGUCAUCGAUCCCAAGGAUCCUUGCUGCAAGGUUCCAAAAUGUGAUGGAACCACUGGCUCCAUCAGUGGAACCAGACCACCAGUGACACAGGCACCAAACCCCAGCCCUGGUCCAAAUCCUAACCCCAACCCAACUCUGAGCCCCAACCCUAAUCCAAAUCCAAACCCAACUCAGAGCCCCAACCCUAAUCCAAACCCAAAUCCAAAUCCAACACAGAGCCCCAACCCUAAUCCAACGCAAAGCCCACAGCCACGCUACUGCGUGUACAACAACUACCCAUACCGCCAGGGUCAGGAGUGGUAUGAUGGGUGUGAGAAGAAGUGUCGAUGUGACGAUGAAAUGACUGGCAUUUACAACUGUGAUGAGAGAUGUGCCCGCUAUACCAACAUGCCAUCCAACUGCAUCAUGGUGGUCGAUCCGCGCGAUUCCUGCUGCCGUAUCCCACAAUGCUACAACCCAACUGGCAACCCAGGAAGCUCCACAGGAACAGGCAAUGGACCAGCCACCGUGAAACCCGGCACCAUCACUGGUGGCGGCUCAGUGACCCCGCGCCCAGGCCAGCCAGGUAGUGUUGUCAUCCCGACUGCACCACCAGGUGUCAUCACUGGCACUGGAACCCUGCCCACUGGGACUAGCGUAGUUAUCAACCCCUCUGGAACCGUCAAUGUCAUCCAAGGCACCAGCUCACCUAUAGGUGGCUCCACAGGCUCCAUCACAGGAACCAGAAGUGUGUGUGUCUACAAGGGAAGAGUUUUCACCCAGGGACAGACGUGGCAAGAUGGCUGCCAGUACAACUGUGUCUGCGAGGAUGGAACCACUGGUGUUUACAAAUGCACAGAAAGAUGUACCCGUUUUACUAACCUCCCAUCAAAUUGCCGCCUCGUAACAAACCCAUUGGACACUUGUUGCCAGACUCCACAGUGUGACCCAGAGACGACCACCACUCCACCACCAUUCCCCAUCCCAACCAGGAAACCAUCCGCUGUCACUGGACAGAGAGAGAACUACUGUGUGUACAGUGAUGGCCGCCGAUUUAAGACUGGUCAACAAUGGAAGGAUAACUGCCAGAGCUGCACAUGUCUGGACGACACCACAGGAAGCCUCAGAUGUGUGGAUGAAUGCCCACAAUACACCAACCUGCCCUCCAACUGUGUCCUGGAGACAGAUCCCACCAACCCUUGCUGUAAGAGACCCAAGUGUUCAGGCACUACAGGGAGCAUCACAGGCACCAGACCUCCCACAGGCGUGACCCCCAAACCAGGCAUGACUCCCAAACCAGGCGUGACCCCCAAACCAGGCACCCCCACAGGCACCACUGGCUCCAUCACAGGCACUGGCACUGUGCCAGUUCCUGGAACACAGGGUAGCUUCACUGGAGUCGGCGUGGUGCCAUCCUCUGUUGGCUCCAUAACUGGAACGAGAAAUGGCUGCUACUACAACGGUAGGAUAUACUCUCAGGGAGAGAACUGGAAUGAUGGAUGUGAUUACCAGUGUACUUGUGAAGACGCCAUCAGAGGAUUCUACAGAUGUACAGAAAUGUGUGUUACCUACCCCGACCUACCAUCCACAUGCAAGCUUGUCAAUGUGAUUGGACAAUGUUGCCCAACUGUUAACUGCCAAGGCACCCUCCCUGGUGGCACCACAGGCACUAACCCAGGUGGUACUGGCACAGGCACCCUCCCUGGUGGCACCACAGGCACCAACCCAGGUGGUACUGGCACAGGCACCCUUCCUGGUGGCACCACAGGCACUAACCCAGGUGGUACUGGCACAGGCACCCUCCCUGGUGGUAUCACAGGCGGUGGCAUCAUCCCAGGUGGUACUGGCACAGGCACCCUCCCUGGUGGUAUCACAGGUGGUGGCAUCAUCCCAGGUGGCACUGGUACAGGCACCUUACCUGGUGGUAUCACAGGUGGUGGCGUCAUCCCAGGUGGAUCCACUGGAAGCAUUACUGGAUAUAACAGUAUGUGUCUGUACAAGAACAGGCUGUAUAAUGAAGGAGCUAAGUGGAAUGACGGAUGCCAGUAUGAAUGUGAGUGUACUGAUGGCAAGAUGGGAUUCUGGAAGUGCAGAGACCUCUGCCCUAAGUAUGAAAACCUCCCCUCUGACUGCACCCUGCAAACCGUGGCUGGAGAGUGCUGCAGGAAACCAAGGUGCACCAACACUCCUGUCAAUGAACUCAUAGGCACAUAUCCACCAGCCCUCACAGGGUACCGCCCUGGCAUCAUCCCUGGUGGGAACCCUAGCAGUACUCUUGGCACCAUCACUGGUACAGGAGGAAGCACCACUGGUACAGGAGGAAGCACCACUGGCACAGGAGGAAGCAUCACCGGUACGGGAGGAAGCACCACUGGCACAGGAGGAAGCACCACUGGUGUUGUGCUUCCUGGAACCGUCGGAGGAAUUACUGGAACGAGAAAUGGCUGUGUGUACAAUGGCAAGACCUACAAACAGGAUGAGAGUUGGUCUGAUGGCUGCCAGUAUGACUGCCAGUGUUUGGAUGCCAAGACUGGACAGUACAGCUGUAGAGAAAAAUGUCCAAGCUACACCAACUAUCCAUCAUAUUGCUCUCUACAAACAGUACCAAACCAGUGCUGUAAGAAGCUUGUCUGCUCAGGACCAGCAAACAUUGGAAGCACUACUGGUACAAGCACUGGAACAGGCACAGGCACCGGAGGUGUCAGGCCAUGCGUGGACAUUCUCCCCAACUGCAAUGAAUACAACUUUGCCGAGGCCUGCACAGGACAGUACUUGGGAUGGGCCGUGAAGAACUGUGUCAAGACAUGCGGACUGUGUGACUACCUCACAACCACUCCAUUGCCAACAGAUGGCUGUGUCAAUAAGCUAUCCAACUGUGAUCAGUUUGAGGACUCUGCAUGUACUGGACCAUACAAGGCCUGGGCUAAAGCAAACUGCCCAAGAAGAUGUGGUCUGUGUGAUGAGCUGAAACCAACCACACCAUCCCCAGAUGGCUGUGUCGACUUGAUCGACUGUGAACCCUACACAAAGUCUGUUUGUACCAAUCCAACCUACGUACCAUGGGCCAAGGCAAGAUGUGCCAAAUUCUGUGGAUUCUGUGGUAGUGGCUCAGGCACCAGUGGCACUGGUUCUGGCACUGGCAGCAGUGGUUCUGGCACAAACCCAGGUGGUGCAGGAUCUGGCACAAUCACUGGUGGUACAGGAUCUGGCACAAUCACCGGUGGUACAGGAUCUGGUGGAAACCCAGGUGGUGCAGGAUCUGGCAUAAUCUCCGGUGGUACGGGAUCUGGUGGAAACCCAGGUGGUGCAGGAUCUGGCAUAAUCUCCGGUGGUGCAGGAUCUGGCGGAAUCAACGGUGGUACAGGAUCUGGCACAAACACUGGUGGUGGAUCAGGAUCUAUAAUCAAUGGUCAAAGUGGCUACUGUUUAUACAAUGGAAUUCAGUACACACAGGGACAAACGUGGCGUGAUAAGUGCUUAUACUCUUGUACCUGUACAAACGCACUGACAGGAAACUACAAUUGUCAGACACUAUGUCCCCAAUGGCAGCUCCCAUCAAUCUGCUCCCUGAAGCAAGCACCUGCUGGCAAGUGUUGUCCAAUCCCAUCCUGUCCAUCCUACAUAACCAUCACCUACCCUGGAGGGCUAACAGAGGCCACACUGCCAUAAUUACUUG